AUGGAGUUGUUGGUAAUUUUUGACGUAAACGAUAUAACCUUGUUUACUUUUAUUCACAAUUCCCAUUACAUUACACAGCUAUAAACAAAAUGAACGCAAACGAUGAAAAUGAAACCAAAAGCAAACGCACAAAAUCCUCUCACUCGAAGGACACAAAAAGGAUAAAAGGAGAUCCGGAAAGGGAUAGGUCGAAAUCUCGAGAACGUCAACGUAGCUACAAAAACAGGUCCCAAUCUGCAAAACCGCAAGACGGCGAUAAAUCGAGAGAAACUGAAUAUUCGCGAUAUUAUGGGGAUAACACUGAAAAAGUGAAGGAAAAUAGCGAUAGGUAUUGGAAUAAAUAUCCUAGGAAAGAAGAAAACGUGCAGGUCGGUGCUCGUUACUAUGAAACUGUCGAAAAGAAGAAAGACUCCAAAUCGGAAUUGGGAAAAGAUGAAUCCAAACAGGUUGGUGCUCGUUACUAUGAAACACUGGAAAAGAAAAAGGAGCAGGUGGCAGACAAGACGAAAGAAGAAGCGAAACCUCGUCAGCGUAAGGCAUUCGAUAUACUUACCUCGAAGACUGGCGGUGCUUACAUUCCACCUGCCAAGUUGCGUAUGAUGCAAGCCGAAAUAACAGAUAAAACUUCUACCGCCUAUCAAAGAAUUGCUUGGGAAGCUUUGAAAAAGUCUAUUCACGGUUGCAUCAACAAAGUUAACACUUCGAAUAUUGGCAUCAUAGCCAGAGAAUUACUGCACGAAAAUAUCGUUCGGGGACGCGGUUUACUUUGCAAAUCCAUAAUUCAAGCACAAUCUGCAUCGCCGACAUUUACCCACGUCUACGCCGCUUUAGUUGCCGUUAUAAAUUCAAAAUUUCCUAACAUCGGUGAACUUUUGCUAAGAAGACUCGUUUUGCAAUUCAAACGCGGUUUUAAACAGAACAAUAAAGUGAUAUGCAUUACGGCCGUUUCGUUUAUAGCUCAUCUUGUCAAUCAGAGGGUCGCGCACGAAAUUUUAGCUUUAGAAAUUUUAACGCUUCUCGUAGAAUCGCCGACCGACGAUUCGGUCGAGGUCGCGAUUUCCUUCUUAAAAGAGUGUGGACAAAAACUGACCGAAGUAUCUAGCAAAGGUAUUAGCGCAAUCUUCGAAAUGUUACGUAAUAUUUUGCACGAGGGACAAUUGGAGAAACGCAUACAGUACAUGAUCGAGGUCAUGUUUCAGGUUCGAAAGGAUGGCUUUAAAGAUCAUGCCGCGAUCAUCGAAGAUUUGGACCUGAUCGAGGAGGAAGAUCAGUUUACGCAUCUUAUUACUUUAGAUGAAGUUGAACCAAAAAAUGGGGAAGAUAUUUUAAACGUAUUUAAAUUCGACGAUAAAUACGAAGAAAAUGAGGGAAAAUACAAAACCUUGACAAAGGAGCUUUUAGGAAGUGACGUAAGUGGGUCCGAAUCGGGAUCGGACGACUCCGAAGGCGAGGAGGAUGGUGAAGAUGCAGCCGAAGACAAUAAAGAUUCUUCUAUGAUCAUUGACAAUACAGAAACAAAUUUAAUUACAUUAAGACGUACAAUUUAUUUAACCAUCCAGUCUAGUUUGGAUUUUGAAGAAUGUGCUCAUAAAUUAAUGAAAAUGGAACUGAAACCUGGUCAAGAAAUUGAGCUUUGCCACAUGUUUCUGGAUUGUUGCGCCGAACAGCGUACAUACGAAAAAUUUUAUGGCUUACUUUCGCAACGUUUCUGUCAAAUCAAUAAUGUAUACGUCGCUCCAUUUGAACAGAUUUUUAAAGAUACGUACUUCACUACUCAUCGUUUAGACACAAACCGUUUGAGGAAUGUUAGCAAGUUUUUUGCACAUCUGCUAUUUACCGACGCAAUCGGAUGGCAAGUGUUGGAGAUAAUGAAAUUAACUGAAGAAGACACUACAAGCUCCAGUAGAAUUUUUAUAAAAAUUUUAUUUCAAGAAUUGUCCGAGUAUAUGGGCACUCAAAAUUUGAACGCAAGACUUAAAGAUCCGACAUUGGAAGCACAUUUUGGUGGACUUUUCCCGAGAGAUAAUCCCAAAAAUACCAGAUUCGCAAUUAAUUUCUUUACUUCGAUAGGUUUGGGUGGCCUCACAAAUUCUCUUCGAGAACAUUUAAAAUCGUUACCAAAGGUUCCUGUUGUUGAAGAUGCUGAGGGAUCGAGCUCUAGUAGUUCGUCAAGUUCAAGUAGUUCUGAUUCCAGUUCAUCUUCGAGCGAAUCCUCUGAUGAAAAAAGAAAGAGACAUUCCAGAAACAAAAGGAAAUAUAAAGAUAAGAGAUCAAGAUAAUACAGUUUUUGCUUUACGUUUAAUUGACUUGUAUAUAUUAAGAUUGUAAUAAAAUGCUUACCACAAAAA